UGAGAUUUAGUCUUUGGCAAAUUGUGUAGUCAGAAAAUGGCUGAACAAGGCUUCUCGCGAGUCUCACACUCUAUUGACGUACAUGCACUCGAUGCGCUCGUUUAUUGUUACGCCCUGACAAAAAUAUAAAUGCUGCAUUUGAUCAAUUAAUUUAUAGUAAGUUUUAAAUACAACAUGUUAGGUUCAAAAUUGUCGCAAUUACAAAGACUUUUACGUCGCGUACCGAGUUUUUCUGGCCAGUGAGCCACUGGCUGCUCUGUUGUGCUUUCUGGGAGCGAAAAAACACCGCGAAAAUAUGAACGUGCACUAUGCCGUUCAUUCAUUUGCCAUCAAACAACACAAUUAUAGACCGCGUAAAAGUUAAUAUAGUUUACACUUUUUGAUAACAUGAACUGCUGGACCUGACGUGCACACACACUAAAUCAAACUUCUGCUUUGACAAUUACAUUUGAAGUCGAGUAACGUGCAAUUUAUUUGUUAAGUGUGCAAAAUGUUUGUUGUUAUAUGUCAUUUCUACCAUAUCUACCACAGAGCAUUCACGAUGAGUUAUUCUGAAAAGCAUGAUGAUAUUUCGAAGGAGGAAUGGAUGGAUAAGCUGAAUAAUGUGCACAUCCAGAGGGCGGAUGUGAACAGGCUCAUCAUGAAUUAUCUGGUAACGGAGGGCUUUAAAGAAGCUGCAGAGAAAUUCCGUAUGGAAUCCGGGAUUGAACCAAAUGUGGAUCUGGACUCUCUGGAUGGGAGGAUAAACAUCAGAGAGAUGGUUCUGAAAGGUCAGAUCCAGGAAGCCAUUUCACUCAUUAACAGUCUCCACCCAGAGCUCCUUGACACCAAUCGAUGCCUGUACUUUCACCUUCAGCAGCAGCAUCUGAUUGAGCUGAUCCGUCUGCGGAAGACUGAGGCAGCGCUGGAAUUUGCGCAGUCGCAGCUGGCUGAACAGGGGGAGGAGAGCAGAGAAUGUCUUACUGAGAUGGAGCGGACCUUGGCACUGCUUGCUUUUGACAACCCUGAAGAAUCGCCAUUUGGAGACCUGCUCAACAUGAUGCAGAGGCAAAAGGUGUGGAGUGAGGUGAACCAGGCUGUUCUAGAUUACGAGAACAGGGAAUCAACUCCAAAAUUAGCAAAGCUUCUGAAGCUCUUAUUGUGGGCUCAGAAUGAACUGGACCAGAAAAAAGUGAAAUACUCCAGAAUGACAGACCUCAGCAAGGGCACCAUUGAGGACUCCAAGUAGAGACUGUAUUCUACCCAUGUGGACACAUUUGUAAUUUUUUUUUCCUAUUUAUAAACAGUUAUUGUGUGGCAAAUACCUAUAUAUCUAUAUAUAAUGUAUUUUUCUUGAUGCCUCUUUUAAAAAUAACUAAAGCAACUGUAUAUGAUAUUACAGAACUAUACUGAAACCGUAAACCUACAUUUUUAUGUUGGUAGUCUGUUUUCUGAAGAACAAUAUUCAAGUGGUACUACUUUUUUGCUGCUAAUUUAAAGUGAGAUCAUCUGUGCUUACAGUGUUGAUUUUUGUCCUUUGAGUUUUUCUAUCCACUUUGUUUUUGCAUUUGUUCACACAAUAUCCUCAUGCCAAAUUUAUGCUGUUUUUUUUAUACAAAGGGGCAAUACAUGCUCUUGGUUAGACAGUAAAAACUUCAGAUUUAAUAUUGGUUAUACCCUAGAGACUGUGAUAUCAUUUGUGGCUGAAAAUGCCACAAAACAUUUCAGAAAACAUAACAAAAUUGAUUUUGAGUUUUAAAUUAUUUUUAAAAUGCUCUAUUAAUGAUGUGCCCUCUUAAAGCUUGAUAGGUUUUUAUUUAUUAAUUUGAGUAAUUCCAUCUUAAUCAAGGGUCUAACAACAUUUUGCAUUUAUUCAGAGCAGGCACAGAUGCUGGUAAUGUCACAUGAAAGAAUGUUUUAGACGUCCAUUACUUAAGUUGUUUUAAUUUAAAAUUGCUAAUGCUAUUGUUACUACAAACUUUUAAGAGUUACCUUGCCCUUGGGAUUUUGUCUCAUUUAGGUUCACGUUUUGUACAGCCUGUUUGGGAUAAAGUUGAUUUCACAAUAGACUUGUUGACUUGUUCGUUAUUCACCGACAUCUACAUUUUAUUAGGUCAAAUCUCAAGAUUCCAUAGUGAUCCUUUUGAUACACAAUAAUAACUUGAGUGUUAUUGUGGUCUUGCAUUAGCAAUUUUAUAAGAAUGACCAUAAUCAUUAGAGUCCUUGUGGUCCAUGUAUGUUGCAUUCAUUCUGGUUUUUAUUUUAUUUUAUUUAUUUAAACAAAAUAUAAUAGUGCUUUGAAUUUUGGUUUUUCAUUUCAAAAGAAAUGGGCAAAAAUGAGAAAAUGCAAUAAGUUGUUAAUUUAUUGCAAAG